AUGCCGCAGUGCCAGACCUGGGAGGAGUUCAGCCGCGCGCCCGGCGAGAAGCCCUACCUCGCCGACCCUAUGAAGGCACGUGUGGUUCUCAAAUACAGGCAUUCUGAUGGGAGUUUGUGUAUUAAAGUAACAGAUGAUUUAGUUGGUUUGGUGUCUAGAACAGACCAAGCGCAAGAUGUAAAGAAGAUCGAGAAGUCCCACAGUCAACUAAUGCGACUGAUGGUAGCCAAGGAAGCUCGCGGUGUUGCCAUGGAAACGGACUGAAGGGUUGGAAUGAAGACUGUCCUGUUGUCAGGAAGUACAUGCCUUUUGAAUUUGAGACAGUAUUGGGACGGAAAAUACUUUAUGUAACUAA